AUGGACUCCUUGCAGGCUCUAGCAAUGACAGAGUCGACUAGUAGCAGCAGCGCCAGAAAGAGACAGCGCGAGAUCCGCGAUGCCGUGCUGCCUUGUUUGGGCCACGCCGGCACGAACGCUGGUCACGUUGACCGAACGCUUCAGCGUUUGCACCAGGCCGGGAUCGUGGAGAAGCCUCCAAGCAAAGGUUCGGUGCGACAUCGUGACUACCGCAUCCGAAAGGACUGGCUACAAGAAACAACAAUGACAGCGACACUGCCCCUCACUGAUGAUCGGGAGCACCAGUGGCCAGUGGUGGAUGUCUUGAAGGCCACCGAGGCCAUGGCUGAAGCGAACCCCGCCUACGGAAAAAAGCUACUGGAAGCGGUUUUCCGCGUUGGUCAGGAGACCAGCAUAAUAUUAUACUGCGAUGAGGCCACGCCUGGAAAUCCCCUAGCCCCAUGCGUGCAGCGCAAGGCGUACUUGUUCUACAUUGGCUACAAAUGUAUGAGGCCCAGGCCUGGUUCCUGGAUCACUGUGGCUGCGCUGCCUUCCAACCUCUUGACUGAUGUCAUAGGCGGCGUCGCUGGUGCAACCACAGUUUUGCUACGAGCCCUGACGCCUUGCUGGAACGGUCGCACACUGCUGAUAGCAGGCCAGCGUAUAUUUUGCAAGCUGCGCCUGGAGGCUUUUUCUGGAGAUGAAGCUGGUCUAGCAGCGUGCCUGGCUGCAAAAGGGGCAUCCGGUAGACGACCGUGUUGGCUGUGCUCCAACCUCAUCUCGAAGCUAUGCCGUGAUCAGUUGCUUGAGAGGGGGCAGGCAAAUGUGCUGAACAAGUUCGUGACCAUUGACGAAGCUGACAAGACAAAGUACAGUCCGGCGACGGACACCAGCAUAUAUGCUGCCUUGGACUCUUUGAGCGCUUGCGCUGCUGUGGAGACCAAAGGCGCUCUCGAAGAUCUCAGCAAAAAUCUGGGAUGGAGACACGAACCGCGAGGACCCCUGGCACAGCCAGAACUGCGUAGCUUGCUUCGGCCAGCCGCUACAGUCUUCGACGUGCUGCAACUGGAUGCAAUGUAG